AUGGCCACCAGCGUUAUCUCGGCAAUGCCCAACGGUCUCGUGGUGUCGUCGUCACCCCAUAUGGCGUGCGUCGAUGAUAAGUAUCGGUUCGAUACCCUCAUUCUGGGAUUGAAGCAUGCUUUGGGGCCAUCAUCAGGCCUGACGUCGGACGAUAUUGAUGUCGGACACCUCACUCGCCUGAUGGAGAAGUAUGAUGCAAAAGAAAAGGGAUGGAUGCCGUACAACUUUGGCGAUGCCAGUCGUGGCUACACCCGCAACCUUGUUGAUGAGGGUAAUGGAAAGAGUAACCUACUUGUGCUCGUGUGGUCGCCAGGCAAAGGUAGCCCGAUCCAUGACCAUGGCAAUGCCCACUGCCUCAUGAAGAUCUUGCACGGCAACCUCACCGAGACGCGUUAUAGAUUCCCUGAAGACGGCCAGGAAGGACCCAUGAAUGUCACCUCUGAGAAGACAUACUCGGAGAACGCUGUCGCCUAUAUGGCCGACGAGCUUGGUGUUCACAGGAUGUGGAACAAAGGCAGCGACUUCGCUGUGUCGCUUCAUCUGUACACUCCACCAAACGUAGCAAAGGGAGGCUGCAACAUCUUCAAUGAGAAGACGAGCAAGAGCAGCCACGUCGAGAAAUGCGGAUACUACACCGCGUAUGGGAAACUUCUUAAGGAAUAG